CAAGUUAAAGUGUAAAAUCUUUAAGUUUCAAUGUCGAAUUUUUUUAAAGCGGUAGCAUUAUAAUCAAUAAUUUAAUAAUUAUCAUAACAUUGAGGCAAUCAAGAGAACGGAAAUAACAUUAGGAGACUAAAAAAUGUGCAGCCUAAUUUCAAAUUUGUAGCUAGACAUUUCUUUAAUAAGAACACGCGAGGAUAAAGUAAGCUUCAUUCAUUUUAAAACAGAAGCUGCAUUCAUACUGCGCUGAAGAAUCUAGUUGAGAUUGUUUAUGUUAGGUAAAAGGAAGCUGACGUUAAACCGCUAUAGUAGCAUUAAGCCGCUCGUGUAAAUAUACUGUAUCGUAUGCAGUUGUAGAUUGUUGCAUAAUUUGUUUUACAGUAUAUAAAAUGAAUUGUCGUAAGUUGGGUCGUUCAGUGACAGGCUUACUGCUUAGUUUAUUCGCUGGUUUUUGCGUCGCCUUUUCUGCAACUUUAUACCGUUUGACGACUAACUCAAGAAGCACUCAAGCGUGGUUUCUCCGUUUUGUUUUAAUGUACGUUUUCUGCCUUCCACUUUUGUCAUACCAAAGCCACAGGAAUGUGAACCGUCGACUUACUUUGAAGUUUAUGAUGUGGUUGAUUUUGUUCGGUGCCGUUGCGAUGGUGGCCAGUGUAACUUUCUACAUUUCGCUGGAUUAUUUGACAGUGAGUGAAUCGAUUGCUUUGAGCAACAGCUACGCUCUCCCAACGUUUCUUUUCUCCUGCUUGUUCAUGCGAGAAAGACAUCACCCGAUGCAGUAUGGACUCUUGUUUCUUGUGCUUGCUGGGUUGUUCGUGCUCGCUCGACCAAGUUUUCUGUUUGGGCAGGUAGCUGCGGAGGAAACCGCACACGAACAAGCAGCCGGGCAGCGCUGGAUAGGAUUUGCGUUUUCCAUCACGUGUUCGGUAUUUACUGGAGUCCGAAUAAUUGUAGGAGAGUUUCUGCGCGCUAAUAAGAUAAACGUGUCGCAAAUAAACAUAGCGACAUCUAUAGCUGCUUUUGUGGUAUAUCCAAUAUAUACUGCUAUUCAAAUGGGAGAUCUCUACAUUCCGUGCUUCGCUGACCUGAUUUUUUUACUACUAAGCGCCUUUUUUGGCUUUUUAUCGAACACAAUUGUUUUGGUCGCUUGCCAGUUUGAACGUUCCGGACCAGUCAGCUUGGCUUACACUUCACAAAUUGUCUUCGCCUUUAUUUUGGACGCACUGGUCGUGGGCGAGGAUAUUUCUAUAAUAGACGUUUCCGGUGCCGGGUGUAUUAUGGCUGGAGUAUGCGGCUCGAUGGUCGUGAAAAUGAUUCGACCUGGCUUGACGAACGAAGAGACCAUCAUGAAUAGGUCCACCGAAUAAAAAAAAAAAUUUUUGACGUGCUAGUCCUCACCGAGUUCAGAUUUAAAGUUCAGUGUUUUAAAUUUUAUCUGUAAUUUAAAACUUAUGGUAGUUUUAUAUUUUUGAUAUAGUAGGAUGGGA